CCGCUGCGACUUCCGUCGUGACCGGAACCGGAAAUAGAAUUAACCCUAACGCCAGUAUGGAGGCAAUUUAAAACCUCUUCCGUGCAGCAAUAAUAACUUUUAUGGAAUAAAACGUUAAACUUUAUUGGCGAAAUACGUGAAUAUUUAAAACUCUGAUGAAAUGACGACGAUGAACUCCACUCGCUGACGACUUUGUGCUCGGACUCAGUCAGGAACCUAAAAGGGAACAUUUGACUGCAUUUUCCUGUCACGAUGGAAGACUCCGCCUCUUCUCCCACGCCGUCUCCAUCGCUAGCCCCUAUCCCCCUCCCCUCCGCCUCCGCCCCGACACGUUGUCCCGAGCUGGACCUGUCGGUGGCGGCCAGCCCCUUGUCCAAGCCCCACAAGCCCCGCCCCCACAGGCAAACGCGAGGAAAAAGAAACCCCAAGGUGACUUUUGAUGAGCCGGUGGUCGUCAAGGUGAUACCAGAGCCACGGUUCCCGAUGAAAGGUGUACAGCAACACCCGACCACCCGUCAGAGGAACUGGAGAGGUGGUCUACCCGCGGGCGCCGCACACCAGGGGGCGGAGCUAGCGUCCUACGAGCAUCCCGGCGGUCUGGAGGAGGCGGAGCUCAACACCACCUUGGCCGUCAAGGCGGAGCUGCUGGCGCUGCAGGAGGCGGAGUUUGACGCCCAGAAAGCGCUUAAGGAGACGUUACAAAAGUUGGAGCGGACGAAGAACCAGAUAGACACCAGAGCGACACAAGGAACCAACGUCUCUCGCUCUCAGACCCUUUUCACCUCCCUGGUCAGCAUCGACGUGCCCGAGACUGAGGUAAUACGCCAAGUGUUUAGGGACAGGCUGCUUUUGGCCCCGCCCCCUCGCCCCAAACCCACAGAUAAGCCCUCCACCCACAUCUUCCUGCCCACCGACUUGUUCAGGCAGAAGCCCCUCCCAGCGGCGGAGGAAGCGUUCGGUAGAGCGUUUAGUCCGGCCCCUUGCCCCGCCUCCUCAACCUUUGACCUUUACAAACGACAGAGACGGUGGGAAGCCACACCCUGACACACAUUUAUUACACUCAUUAGAUCUUGUCCCGUCCAACACACUUUUUUAUCAAUAAAUGU